AUGAAGUACAUCCAAACUGAUCAAAUCUUAGAUAUCCCAGAAGGUGUCACUGUUGAUAUUAAAGCCAGAGUUGUCAAAGUUACUGGUCCAAGAGGAGAAUUAACCAAAAACUUGAAACAUAUUGAUGUUACUUUCAACAAAAUCAACAACAGAGCUAUUAAAAUCACCGUUCAUAAUGGUGACAGAAAACAUGUUGCUGCUUUAAGAACUGUUAAAUCUUUGAUUGCUAACUUGAUCACUGGUGUCACUAAAGGUUAUAAAUAUAAGAUGAGAUUUGUUUAUGCGCAUUUCCCAAUUAAUGUUAACAUUAUUAAAAAAGAUGGUGAAGAUUAUGUUGAAAUUAGAAAUUUCUUGGGUGAAAAAAGAGUUAGAGAAGUUAAAAUCCAUGAAGGUGUCACUAUGGAAAUUUCUACUACUCAAAAAGAUGAAUUGAUUGUUUCUGGUAAUUCUUUGGAAGCUGUUUCUCAAAAUGCUGCUGAUAUCCAACAAAUCUGUCGUGUCAGAAACAAGGAUAUUCGUAAAUUCUUGGAUGGUAUCUAUGUUUCUGAAAGAGGUACCAUUGUUGAAGAUAUCUAA